AUGGCUUUGCGACAAGACUUGGGAGAUUUGCUCACAACUUAUUAUGUUCCACAACAUGGCGAAAACGAAGAAGUCGAAAAAGUGGAAGCAUCCCGAGCUGGAGGAGAUAUCGAUAUGACUGAUGGAAGAAAUGACGAAGAUGUUCGCUUGGUUGAAGAUCGACCACUUCACGGAGUCACUGACACACCAAAAUUGAUCGCAAAACCAACGAGGGAUAGAAAAUUGCGUGAUGAAGCGGCCAAAGUUCUUCUCAAGUUGAAAAACGAACCUGCUGAACAAUUGAGACUUGAAAAAUAUGACUACUACAAUUCAAGAUGGUUCAACACAACUCAAGGUGAGUUAUUUUGAAGAAAAAAAUAUAUAAUUUUCAUCAAAACAAGUAUUUUUACAGAAUCUGAACUCGAACUCAUCGAAUACGUUCUUCUCAAUCCAAACGCUCGUCCAAGUCAUUUCGCAAUUCAAUCAAGACGCCUCAACAUUUCUGACGUCGAGAAUCUCAUUCUAACUUCGCUUCUCGCUCCACCACAAUCAAAAGGACAAUCUCUUGCUCGUUUUGCAAUCAAAUGCACCGAAGAACUUGGUUUCAAAAAAUUGUGGAAGAUUGUGAACAAAUUGAAGAAGGAAAAUGAUGGAAUGAAGAUUACCGACGGGAAAGUUGUUGCAACUUUGAUUGAAGAUGUUGGAUUCAGACCGGUAAGAAUUCUCCUAGUGAAAUGUAGAUUUAUUGAUUUUUUUUUUGCAGAAAGUAACCCAUCGUUUGUCAACCGAAAGACUUGAAGAAUAUGCAGAAUUGGAAGAAGGAUUAGAUGAACAUGGUGAAUUGAUGUCAUCUCGCGCAUAUUUGACAUGUUCAAUUCAAGGAAAACGACAUGUUCAAACACAAAUCACAUAUCUCAAUAAUGGAUAUACAAGAAUGAAUGGAACACAACGAACAAAAUACAUUGAAUUGGAACAAACUGUGAAAUGUAUGAAUCGACGCGUUUUGAUUGCCGAAGAUCGAAAUGAAAGUGUUGAAUUCGAGGUUGAUGAUGAUAUGACGUCACUUCGAGAUGCUUCACCAAUUGUUGAAGAUUUGAUUGAUUAUCUUCGAAGCGAGGAAAUAAUUGAAGAAGAAGGCGACGAAGAAGAAUAUUGA